GUGUGUUGGCUGUGUGGAGAUCUGAAAGCAGUUGCAAUUGCAGGCUAAUGUUCUAACCAACACUGCAGUAAAGAUAAAACAAAACAGAUAAGCAACUAUAGUUUCAUUUUCCCCACAUCCCACACCAGUGCUGAGUCACAGGACAGGGACACUAAAUACUACACUGCACAGUGUUGUUAUAUGUUCAUUGCACUAUAAAGCACUGGUUUCAGGGGCUGUGAGCUAAGGGUGUUGUAUCAAGGAUAUAUAGGUUCUCCUGUGUGUGCAUGAAGACAUGAACACUCUUCCAGCAUACUCUGGAGCCAGGAUAUCUGGCUGUUGGGCGCUCAGAUCUGAUACCAGUGGCAGCAGUGAAGAGUCGUUAGACAGACUUCUUCCUCCGGUGAACACAACUCUGUCCCCGCGUAAAAGAACCACGAGCCAAUGCAAAUCAGAACCACCUCUGCUGAGAACAAGCAAGAGGACGAUCUACACCGCCGGGCGGCCUCCUUGGUACAAUGAACAGGGAACGCAAUCAAAAGAAGCGUUUGUUAUUGGUCUCUGUGGGGGAAGCGCUUGUGGAAAAACCACUGUAGCCAGGAAGAUAAUCGAAGCCUUGGAUGUGCCCUGGGUGGUGCUGUUGUCUAUGGAUUCCUUUUACAAGGUUCUCUCUCCAGAACAGCAGCAGCUUGCAGCCAGUAACGACUACAAUUUCGACCACGUCGACGCGUUUGAUUUCGUUCUCCUUGUGCACACGCUGAGGAAGCUGAAACAGGGCAAGAGUGUGAAGAUCCCAGUCUACGAUUUCACCACGCAUGGCAGGCAGAAAGAAUGGAAAAUCGUGUAUGGAGCUAGUGUUAUUAUAUUUGAAGGUAUCAUGUCUUUCGCCGACAAAGAGUUGUUGAAGCUUUUAGACAUGAAGAUUUUUGUAGAUACAGAUUCUGAUAUCCGGCUGGUUCGACGCCUACAAAGGGACAUCACCGAGCGUGGGCGGGAGAUUGAGGGUGUUAUCAAACAGUACAACAAGUUUGUGAAGCCUGCUUUCGAGCAGUACAUUGAGCCCACCAUGCGACUGGCCGAUAUUGUCGUCCCUCGGGGAGGAGGAAAUAUGGUAGCAAUUGAUCUGAUAGUCCAGCAUGUGCACAGUCAACUGGAGGAGAGGAAACUGCGCUGGGAUAUGGCAGCCCUGGCGUCGGCUCAUCAGUUCCAGCCCCUCCCUGAGACUCUCAGCGUUCUGAAGAGCACUCCGCAGGUCAAGGGGAUGCACACCAUAAUCAGAAACAAAGAGACAAGUCGCGAUGAGUUCAUUUUCUAUUCGAAAAGGCUUAUGAGGCUACUUAUAGAGCAUGCUCUUUCUUUCCUGCCGUCUCAGUCUAUUACAGUUCAGACACCACAGGACCAGGAUUAUGAUGGAAGAACAUUUCAUGGGAAAAGAAUCACAGGGGUGUCCAUUCUCCGAGCUGGAGAGACCAUGGAGCCUGCGCUACGAGCAGUGUGUAAAGAUGUGAGAAUCGGGAAGAUCCUCAUUCAGACCAAUCAGGACACAGGAGAACCUGAGCUGCAUUACCUAAGGCUGCCAAAGGACAUCACUGAAGACCAUGUGAUACUUAUGGACUGCACUGUAUCAACAGGAGCUGCCGCUAUGAUGGCAGUAAGAGUCUUAUUGGACCAUGAUGCUCAGGAGGAUAAGAUCUUCCUGGUGUCUCUCCUCAUGGCAGAGAUGGGGGUGCACUCUGUGGCUUACGCCUUCCCCCAGGUCAAAAUCAUCACCACCGCUGUAGACAAGAAAGUCAACGACCUGUUCCACAUCAUCCCGGGAAUCGGUAACUUUGGGGAUCGAUACUUUGGUACAGACGCCCCUCCUGACUGGAGUGACGAGGAACCGGAGGAGUCCAACUAAGAGUCUCCAGCACUGAUCACAGUACAGUCCAUUGGAUCUGCUGUAGGCAGCUAUACACAGCGUAAAACACGUAUGUGCCCUUAUGGCUCACUUUUAAGGCAAGGACUUCCACCAGAAAAACAAAUGUAAGACGUUUGUAUUCACGAGAUCUAUACAGAAUCUGUAAAUAUGUACAGAGGUAUGAAAAUAUAUAUAUAUAUAUAUAUAUAUAUAUAUAUAUAUAUA